AUGGUCGCAAGCGCAAGCAAAGAGGCCGGAAAGUCAGUGUCCUGCCACCUCGAGCAGCUGCCUAGACUGGAAGACAUGGAUCUUCCGAACUUCUGGGCAGGUGAGGACCUCGAGGAGUUGGAAGGCAGCGAGGUGCAGACCCACGCCCUGAGACUCCGAGAGGAGCUCCCGGAGGACUUCGCGCAACUCUGCGAGAAGCUGAAGAAGCUGACGUCUUCAGAGCUCGAGAGCCUGAGCUUCGCAAGCUACCAGUGGGCUUGGAGCAUCUACUCCUCUAGGGUCAUGUCCUUGAGUGUCAGCGAGGGCAGCCCGAUCUUCGCCAUAGUUCCAGGGCUGGACAUGUUCAAUCAUUCGCCCCGGAUGCCUCCUGGGCUCUUCAAGUUGGAUUGCGAACGGAACAUGGUCGUCAUGAGAGCCGGUGUGCGGUUGGUUGCUGGCGAGCAGGUCUUCAUCAACUACGCACAGCCUAUGUUCAACAGCCAAAUGCUGCAGUCCUUUGGGUUUGUGCUUGAGGAGGAGGCGCUUCAAAGCUCCCAGGUCACGCUCUCACUUCAGGUUUCUGCUGCCAAGCUGAUGCUGCAAAAGCGGCUCCUGGAUGCUACCGACGGAGGCCACGAGAUGCUUCACAGCCCAGCAUCGGCUGACUUCGAAGGGUUGCAAGAGCUGAUCGUCCGGCACACGCUCACAUUGCAGGAGCCACUGCCCCCUGCAUUCUUGGGUAUGGUUCGGGCUCAGCACCUGCAGGGAGAUGCGCUAGCGCACCCGUCUGCGUCUGCAUCGUGCCUGCAGGGUCUGCAGGGCCCCCAAGCCAAAGAGGAGAUGCGAGCUUUGCUCCUGGUGUCCCUACUCUUGGAGGGCAAAUUGCAGGAACUCCGCGGCGGCGGCGAGUUGGAAGAUCUCAGGGUGCUGCAGAGCGGCUCUCUCUCUCGUGCUCGCCGCCUGGCGCUGUUGCAGCGCUGCGGCGAGCGGCGGGUUCUGUUGGCAGCCCGUGCGGAGGCGGAGCGGCUGCAGCUUCGCUGCCUGCAGCAGGCCCUGGACCGUUCAACGGAUUACCGGGAGAAAUGCGAGCACUGCCCGGACUGCCAGAAGGCUCAAACGCCAUGGCUGCACCGACUGCAGGCAGCGAGCGGCCGUUUGCGGGCAGAAGUUUCAUCCGUGGCGAGUCUCAGCAAAAGCCUCUUCGACCGCCUGGAGGCGAGCCAUUUAAUGCAAGCCUGCCACCUCAUCAACCUCUGGGUCGUAGGCAUAUCUCCGCCGACCGUGCCUCUCGAGACCGUGCAGAAGCUCUGCAUGGCCCCAGCCACCUGGCCCGAGUCUUGGAUGUCCCCAACUCUGAAGGCAAAGAAUCAGCCGAAGGUUUGGGAGGCUGAGAAAAGCUCCGAGUAUCUUCAGAUCUACGUGCAGAAGUUGCAGCUAUGGGGAUCUUGGCUCCUGGCCCAAUGGAUGCAUGCAGAGGCCGUUUUGGUGGAGGAGCUCAGCGCCAUGGGAUCGGAGCAGGUGUCUCUCCGCCAGAAGUACGCCUGGAGCCUCCCGACGCCGGAGGCCCUGGAGGCCUUGCAGCGGAGGGCACCUCUGUUGGAGGUCGGGGCCGGCAAGGGCUACUGGGCGUCCUUGCUGAGAGAGCGGUCGGUGGACAUCCUGGCCUUUGAUUCGGCCCGCCCGAACCCGAGAUUCAACCCCGAGGCGCCUGAGGCCGUUUUGGAGGAGUCGAAGUCUACGAAGUUCUGUGAGGUCUUGGAGGGAGGGGUCGAGGCGGUGCAAGAGCAUCAGGCUGGGAGGGCUUUGGUCUUGAUGUGGCCGGACUGGUUGGGUUUGGGUACCUAUGGCCUGGAGUGCUUAAAGGCCUAUGAAGGCAAAGAGCUGAUCCUCGUCGGCGAGUGGCGGACAAGCACCUUCGGAUCCUAUGCGCCCAACAUCUCUCAGCAUGGCCAAUCCUUUUCCCUUGAGUUUCAGAAGAAAGUCGAGAGUGACUUCUGCCUGGUAGAAAGGAUCGAGUUACCGAGAUGGCCCCUGUUCUUGGAUUGCUUGCAGAUCUUCCGGCGCGUGCAAGCCUUGAUGAAUCUGUGCAGUUCACUGACUGGUCGACGUGGUCCAGUGUGGCGGCGAGGGCGGAUCACAACACAGGAGCGAACCUCCGAGGACAUUGCAGACUACCUCCUUUCGGGGGAGAACGACUACGCCUCCUUUCAGGAGAUCUGCAAAAACUUCGAUCCGCCAGCGGACCCGCAGCAAAUCCGCGCCGUCAUCGAGAGAUGUCCAGAUAGGUUCACAGUCAGCAGAGACACCGUGACGGUCGUCGAUGCGCAGCGGAAAGAAGCCAUCACCUGCAUGAUUAAGAAGCUGGUGGUGCGGGACAUGGCACAUGUGGAGAUUGACCCGAACAAGGCGUGUGAGCACAUCUGGCAAGCGGCUCACUACGCUCUGAAGGCAACGCCGUGCCGAGUCGCGCAGAUCCUCGGCUCUGUGGCGAAGGCGACCCUGACGUACCCGGACGAGGUUGGGAAAGGAGUUUAUCCGGCCAAUAUGCCCCUGGCCCUUGCCUGCCUCAUCGACCGCAUGGUCUACUUGGCCCGACAGCGAGGCUCCAAGCUCUUGGAGAAGGCUCUCAGCCCGAAGCUCUACGACAUCCUGCUUCGGAGGUGGGUGGUUGGGCGGAUCAAAGGCAGCCAGUUCCUCGCGAACAUGAUUCUCUUGUGGGAACGCCUUGGCUACUUCGAGGCCAAGGACCUCGAGAAGUGCAAGGAAUCGCUGUCUCGGCCCCAGUUGUGA